AUGUGUUCUCCGGUUUCCCAUUAUCAAUUAGCAUUUAAAAAUGUUCUAUUACGUUCUCGAUUAUGUUCAUAUAUUAAUGAAACAACAUUUUGUUUUAAUCAUCAACGUCCAUAUUCACUAACAGCAUUCGUUCUAAAACAACUAAAUAAACGUCGUAUAACGACAACAUCUAAUACAACAUUAGCUCAACGAUCACAUCAACAAAAAACAGCAUCGGUAGUAACAAAUUUAAAACAAUUAUUUAUACCAAUUGAAGUCAAUCCAGUGAUUACUCCACAACUUGAAAUCCGUUCUUCCGAUGCAUCUUUGUCACAAAAAUUAACUCAAUCACCACAAACGGUAAAUAUUGGGCAAGAGUUAACCGGCACACAAUUACAAAGAAAUGAUUUAGUACGAAUAAUUACAGAUUUUUAUCGUCAUGAUGAAAUCAAAAAAUUAGCUGCUGAUAAUGGAUUGGAUAUUCGAUUAUUUCAAGAUGCUUAUGUUAGUUUUCGAAAAUUUUGUAUACAGUCAACUGUGUUACCGGUUGAUUUACACGUUGUACUCAGUGAUAUUCUAUCGAAUGCUGGGCAUGUAACAGAUAUAUUUCCCUAUUUUUUACGUCAUGCAAGAGAAAUGUUUCCACAUUUAACAUGUAUGGAUGAUCUGAAACAAAUUAGUGAUCUAAGAGAUCCAGCUAAUUGGUAUCCCGAUGCACGCGCUAUUCAACGAAAAAUUAUUAUUCAUUCUGGACCUACCAACAGUGGCAAAACCUAUCAUGCACUUAAACGAUAUAUGGAAAGUGAAAGUGGUGUCUAUUGUGGACCAUUGAAAUUAUUAGCAUCUGAAGUAUAUCAUAAAACAAAUGCUUUGGGAACAAAAUGUGAUCUAGUUACUGGUGAAGAGAGACGUUUUGCUGAUCCUGAAGGAAAACCAGCUAAUCAUAUUGCAUGUACUGUUGAAAUGGCAAAUUUACAAACAUUAUAUGAGGUAGCUGUUAUUGAUGAAAUUCAAAUGAUGCGUGAUGCACAAAGAGGGUGGGCAUGGACAAGAGCACUACUCGGUUUACGUGCUAAAGAAAUUCAUCUAUGCGGUGAAGCAUCGGCUAUUAAUCUUGUGCAAGAAUUAAUGGUUACAACGGGUGAUGAAGUGGAAAUUAGACAAUAUCAACGUUUAACAAAAUUAACUUAUUUAGAUAAAGCAAUCGGUACAAAUUAUUUAGAAACAUUUGAUAAUGUCAGACGUGGCGAUUGUUUUGUAUGCUUCAGUAAAAAUGAUAUAUUUCAUAUUACCAGAGAAUUAGAACGACGUGGACAUGAAGUAGCGGUUAUUUAUGGAUCUUUACCACCAGGAACAAAACUAUUACAAGCACAACGUUUUAAUGAUCCAGCUGAUCCAUGUAAAAUAAUGGUAUCAACCGAUGCGAUUGGAAUGGGAUUGAAUUUAAGUAUUAAGCGUGUCAUAUUUUUCAGUAUUGUCAAACCACAAAUGAAUGAAAAGGGAGAGAAAGAAAAAGAUUCUAUAACAACGUCACAAGCAUUACAAAUUGGUGGAAGAGCUGGACGGUAUGGAACGGCAUUUUCUGAUGGAGAAGUAACAACGUUUCGUCGCGAUGAUUUAUCAUUGUUUAAAGAUAUUGUUAGUCGACCAGUUGAAACUAUCCAGCGCGCUGGACUCCAUCCAACAGCUGAACAAAUCGAAUUGUUUGCCUAUCAUUUACCCAAACAUACAUUAUCAAGUUUAAUCGUACGUUAUUUCUUGAUAUUUUGCAAAUUAGCUUAG